ACGCCGGUUCUCCGGCGAUCUGAUUGGUUCAGGCGACUUCCUUAGAUCUCUCGGCCGUUCGGCAUACGUUACCAUGGUGAUGUAGACAACCGGCUUCGCGGGACGGAAACAAAAACCACAGAGUUAAAACCUGGACGUUACCCCGACAACCGCGAACACUGCUUCGUUGUUUGUGGUAAAUUGGAUCGAUUGUUCUUCCCCCCGUGUUCGUGUGGGAUAUAAACAUGGACUCUGAGUAUAUUAAAAAUCAUGUUGGAAAGUUGCUGGCGGAAGGACUGGCGGAAGUGGCGGAGCAGCGGCCGGUGAACCCCAUCCUGUACCUGGCGCACUGGCUCUACAAUCACAACGCCAAUGUGGAGUAUGAGGCCGAGAAAAAGGCCCAUUUGGCCAAACUGGAGCAGGAGCGGGCGAAAGCCAGAGAGGAGGCGCUGCAACAGGAGAAGCUGGGGGAGUCUGAAAAAAUCUCUGAGAAGGCGGCUUCAGGGUCCGAUGCCCCCCGGCCGGCCACAGCAGGAGCUGCUGAGGACGACAAACCUGUGACGGAAGAGAAACCAAACACGUCUCCUGCUGAAAACCAGCAGGACGCACAGGAGCUGGUUACAGAUAGUAUAACCAGGCCAGAAUCCCCCGAGGGAAAACCCGCAGGGGAGUCUACAGAAAAGCCUGCUGAAAAAGAAAACAAAGCGGAGUCGAGGAGCGAUCAAGCAGAACAGGAAACGGAAGAGGAGCCGAGUGGCAAUCGUGCAGAGGAGAAAACUGAGGAGGAGGAGAAGGAGGCGAGCGGCAGUCAAGCAGAGGAGAAAGAACAAGAUGAGGUGGUCGGCAAGGCGGACGCCGCUGAGCCCGAGCAGGCUGAACCACACUCCACUCUUCACGACCAAGACGACGACGACCAUUUAAAAACAGAAGAGCCACGUGACGAUCCGGGCCCUCGUUCCCCCGACGCUCGAGACCAGGAGAAGGUCGAUGAAGACGAUAAACCUUCAGAUUCCCCCCCAGCAGAGUCGGACUCGGCCCCGACGAACGAGGAGCUCAAACCGGAGGAGACGCUUUCUGCUGAAGGACACACGAGUGAACAGGAGACGCAGGAUUCAAACUCGCCUGCUCUUCAGGACCAGGAGAAGGCAGAAGAGCAACACACGGGACAGACCACCGAUGAGAGCGACGCAACUGUGAUAGAGGCAACGACGUUGAUGGACAGACCGGCGGAACACGAGAGGCCUCCGUCUGACGAGGAAGACUCCAAGGAGAAGGAAGGAGAAGAAGAAGAAUCAGUCCGUACAUGAUCGAAUCAGUGUUUGAUGACUCAUCAUCCACUGAUCCAUCUUUACAUGAGUUUUUCAUAAAUUCACAAUAAAUCAACAUACAUAACUCGUGUGUUUUAUAUAAACAGACGUUUAAAACACAUGAAAAUACAAGUUCAAUAAAUAAACAUUUUUCACCA